AUGAAUCAGUGAUAUUUCGAGGAAAUGUCUGUCGAUGGAAUUAAUGCCGAGGGAAUUCUUAGAGACGUCAGACACGCAUUUCCCAUUCUAGAGGGUAAGGUGCAGUCUCAGUGCUCCGAUGAUGAAUAUUCCAGAAUUCUCGAGGGAAUUAAGAGAGCUAACGUUGCUGAUCGUGUCAGGGCUGUUGUCAUUGAGGAAAUUAAGUUUCAUAUCCGGCAACAAGUGGCACCGGCGUUUUGGUCCAAAUUUUCUGGGAAUUUCGAUGAGGAGCAGGGAUUCGAGCAGUUUAGGAGGGCUGUUGAUGAUCUGUACUCUAGGCUUUUGGAGUUUUUGCCGCUUUUGAAGCGGCUCGAACCUCUGGGGGUGGUUAAUGAGGCACAGGGUAGAUUUCAGGGUCAGAAUCUGAAUAUUCUAGCUCAGUUCAAGCUGAUUGUGAGGUCCACGUUGUUGAGUCAGUUGCCCGUGGCUCAUGAUGUUAUUAUUGAGCAGUUCUAUAAGAUUGCUCUCAAUGUGUUUUGCAAUACGGAUUCGUUGACAGUUGACUCUGGGGAAGUGGCGGCUUUGCAAUGCGCUGGAUGCAACAAGGAAGUCGACAGUUGUCAGUGUCAGAUGAUUGUUUACAUGUUUCAUGAGACCAAUCGAAAGUUAAUUGAGCUGGAGCUGUUGGAACGACUCGUUGGCAAUGUCCUGACCUCUCUCAUCUAUGUCAGGAUCAGGGAUCACGUUCACAGGGUCUGCGACAGGUCUCUGGAUGUCUCCCAGCUGUCGUCUCUGGAAACUUGGCUGGAGACGGUUGUCCUGAGCUGGCUAACUCGCAUAUUUUCCGGUGGCUCCUCGAAGUCGGUGUCAUUGGACUCGAAAAUCAAAGACGCUAUAUUCAAAUUCAAGAGGAAGCUAUCGUAUUAUCUGUACGAGACUUACACGAAUAUCAGGAUUUCCCAGUUAUUCAAUAUAAUCAUUGAAUAUCCAGACUCUCAACCGGCAAUUGAAGACCUCCGGAUUUGCCUUGAGCGAACUGAUUUGAGAAAGGCUCUGAUAACGAGUCUCCAGGAGGCCCUGAAGACUAGGUUACUGCAUCCUGGUGUAAACACUCCGGAUAUUCUGACAGCUUAUAUCGCAGCUAUUAAAGCUCUCAGGCAGCUGGAUCCAACUGGAGUUCUGCUGGAGACUGUGACAGAACCCAUCAAGUCGUAUUUAAGGAGUAGAAGUGACACAGUUCGAUGCGUCGUAAGUGGUCUCCUGGACGAUUUUCCCAGUGAUCUAGCUGACGAGUUAGUAAAAGGGGAAUCCCUCCAGCUGGAUGAUGGCUCAGUCGAUGAGGAGAAUGAGGACUGGGAGAAGUGGAUGCCAGAUCCGGUGGACGCUGACCCAGCGAAAUCCAAUCAGAGGAGGAUGUCAGAUAUUAUCUCGAUGCUUGUUAAUGUUUAUGGCAGUCAGGAUCUCUUCGUCAAUGAGUAUCGCACUCUUCUCGCUGAUAGGCUUCUCUCCCAGCUGAAUUACCACACUGACAGGGAGAUUCGGCACUUGGAGCUGCUGAAGAGGAGAUUCGGGGAGAACCAGCUGCAUUAUUGCGAAGUUAUGCUCAAGGAUAUUUAUGACUCAAAGAGGAUCGAUGGGUUGAUCCAGACGAAUCCGACUUACAAUACUGGGGAGGAGUCCUCUUCAGGUUCUGGCUUCUCCACUUCAGCUCUGAUUCUCUCCGCUCAGUUCUGGCCGCCCUUCAAGGAGGAGUGGAAGUUGGAGCUUCCCAAGUUCGUGCAGAAUCAAUUGGAUAAAUAUGUCAAGACUUUUGAGACACUCAAGGGGAACAGGACUCUAUGCUGGAAGCCACAUCUGGGAAAUGUCAAUUUGGAGAUUCAAUUGAGGGACAGGAAGGUCGAUAUCAGUGUCACUCCCAUCCAUGCGACGAUUAUCAUUCAUUUUCAGGAGAAGAAUCAGUGGAAUGUGGAGGAGCUCGCCGAGGUAAUGCACGUCCCUCCCACCAUCCUAAGGAGGAAGAUAUCGUUCUGGGUGUCUCAGGGACUUCUCAAGGAGAUUGAGAAUGACGUGUUCCUUCUGCAGGAGGACAGCAAUACGAAGAAUAGAUCCGUUGCUGAACAAUGCGUCGAGGAGGAGGAAGUGGAGAGCGUUAUGGCCAGUGCAAGUGACCAGAGGGAGGAGGAACUCCAAGUCUUCUGGAGUUACAUCGUUGGCAUGCUGACAAAUUUGGAUUCAAUGCCUCUCGAGAGAAUUCACCAGAUGCUCAAGAUGUUUGCUUCCCAAGGGCCUGGAGCUGUUGAGUGUGGACUCCCAGAGCUCAGGCACUUUUUGGAUAAAAAAGUCAGGGAGCAUCAGUUGCUCUUCUCCGGGGGGCUCUAUAGGCUGCCCAAGCUUUAACCAUUUCUAGGGUUUCAAAACGUUUUUGUAUGUUUUCAAAAAAUAAAUUCAGAAUUACGAU